AACCUGAGCCCUCUAUAGAGGUACACUCAAUCCAAAGACUUAAAACCUCGCUGGUCCCAAUUCUCACGAACCAACCCAACAAUCAAAUCAUCAUGUCUUCUAACACCCUCAACUACCCACUCCUCGCCAUCCCAGCAUACUAUGUCUUCUCUCUAGCACCCCACAUGUACGCCGGCAGCCUCCUCGCCUCGAACGGCUACAAAAUCAACAAUGCAAACCCAAAAGCCUCCUUGUCGCCAUCCGCCGUAAAGGGCAAAGUUCCCGACGCAGUGUUCCAGAAAUACCAGCGUGCUGAAAACGCACAAUCAAAUAAUAUAGAGCAAUUCCCCAUAUUCGCUGUCGCCAUCUUAGCCAGUAUUGUCGCUGAGAGGACGACUGCAACUGGCUUGGGAAGGGAGGUAGUAAGCGGGGAUGCUACCGGGCUGAGUACCUUUGUGGGUCUUUGGUUUGUUGUUCGGACUUUGUAUACGGUUGCAUAUGUGCAAAUCAGUGAUCAUGCGACGAGUUUUAUUAGGAGCUCGCUGUGGGCUAUUGGAAGUGGGUUAGCAGUGUGGCAGGUCUACAAGGCUGCGCUGCUUCUAGGAUAGAUAAUCUUAGCUGUGACGGAGUUGAGGCUUGCAGCUUGGCUGGUGGAGCUGAAAACUAGCGACUCAGUAUCGAUAAGCCAAGCAUCCUUCCAAAGAGGGACACUUUGAAGAGCAUUUGUGUGACGAACAGAUACCCGUUGUAAUCAUCUACACGUCAUAAGAGAGAAUGUAUCAAAGUUCAAAAGAACAAUUCAAAAUUCAGU